GACCAUCAAAGUUGAGAGAGAUAGAUAUUGGGGGAGAGAGAGAGAGAGAGAGAGAGAGAGAGAGAGAGAGAGUGGGAGAGAGAGAAUCAGAUUCUCUUGGAUUGAGAGAUUCUUCGGCGGAGCUGUCGAAGGGCUCAUCGUCGUCUUCCUCAUUCCGUCUCUCUUCCUCAAGCUCAAGAAAGAUGGGUGCUGGUGGUAGAAUGCAAGUUCCUCCUUCCUCCAAGAAGUCGGAAUCCAAUGCCCUGAAACGGGUUCCAUGCGCAAAACCGCCCUUCUCUCUUGGAGAUCUCAAGAAAGCCAUCCCCCCUCACUGUUUCAAGCGCUCUAUCCCUCGCUCUUUCUCCUACCUUAUCACCGACCUCAUCAUAAUCUAUUGCUUCUAUUACAUUGCCACCAACUACUUCUCUCUCCUCCCUCAACCUCUCUCGUAUCUAGCCUGGCCGCUCUACUGGGCCUGUCAGGGCUGUGUAAUGACCGGUGUCUGGGUCAUAGCCCACGAGUGUGGCCACCACGCUUUCAGCGAUUACCAGUGGCUCGACGAUACGGUUGGCCUCAUCUUCCAUUCCCUCCUCCUCGUUCCGUACUUCUCCUGGAAAUACAGUCACCGUCGUCACCACUCCAACACGGGUUCCCUUGACAAGGACGAGGUGUUUGUCCCCAAGCAGAAAUCCGCCAUCAGAUGGUAUUCCAAGUACCUAAACAACCCUCUUGGCCGUGUCAUGACCCUUACCAUCCAGCUCGUCCUCGGAUGGCCUCUCUACCUGAUGUUCAACGUCUCGGGCAGACCGUACGAACGAUUCGCGUGCCAUUUCGACCCUAACGGCCCGAUCUACUCCGACCGAGAACGCCUCCAGAUUUACGUCUCAGAUGCCGGGAUCCUCGCCGUUUGCUAUGCCCUUUACCGCAUCUCGGCCGCAAAGGGGUUGGCGUGGAUGCUCUGCUAUUACGGAGUUCCUCUCCUCGUGGUUAACGGGUUCCUCGUCCUGAUCACUUACCUUCAGCACACUCACCCGGCCUUGCCUCACUAUGACUCGUCCGAGUGGGACUGGUUCAGAGGGGCUCUAGCCACAGUGGACCGGGAUUACGGGAUCUUGAACAAGGUCUUCCAUAACAUUACGGACACUCACGUGGCUCACCAUCUCUUCUCGACGAUGCCGCAUUAUCACGCGAUGGAAGCUACAAAGGCGAUAAAGCCGAUUCUCGGGGAGUAUUACCAGUUCGACGGGAUGCCGGUCUAUAAGGCGAUGUGGAGAGAGGCGAAGGAGUGCAUUUACGUUGAGCCCGAUGAGAGUGGCGAGAAGAAGGGUGUUUUCUGGUACAACAAUAAGCUAUGAAGGACAGGUCACGGUGGAAGUGAAGUAACAGAAGAAACAGAGAGUGGUAUCUUGUUCCUUCUCCUUAGUUUGUGUCCGAGAAACAUUUAAGCAGUUUGGAAUAAUCUUUUUCUUCUUUUUUUUCGGACUUAGCUAAAAAUGUGUCUUCUCGUCGGUAGUGUUUGGCGUCGUCGUUGCUGUCGUUGGAAUGUGACUUGUGGGUGUUGUUGUGUAAUGGAAAAAAGUUUCAAGCUUUACGAUUGAAACUUUAAACAUUAUAAUA